AAAUUCAGGGUUAAAGGCUUCCAUUUUGUUAGGUAACACCCUAAUGGCCUGAUCUGUCAGUGGCGUUAAAAUGGCAGGGGCUUAACCCUUGGCGUUCGGGACACAACCAGUAGGGGCACACACACACACACACAUGUGUGCACGCACACACACAUACGCACACAGAGACUUCUGGGCUGGCCAAGCCUACAGCAGAACAACUGAGAAGAGGAGUGUGUGUGUGUGUGUGUGUGUGUGUGUGUGCGUGUGCGUGUGCGCGUGUGCGUGUGCGUGUGAGUGUGAGGCAGGGAGGGGUAAGAUGAAGAGUGAGCUUGUGAGUGAGAAAGAGAAGACAAGGAAGAGUAUUUUUCACUUGGGUACAGUUAGAUUAUGGCUCAGCUAACCACAUGCGCUCUGCACACUUCUCCCUCCCCCAACCAUGGCACCUCCUCAGCUGGGUCCCUGCCCCCAUUCCUAGUCUGGUGCACAAGGUGAGAGAAGUCAUGUCGGAAGAGGCUGUGCGUCAAACGCGCAGCCAGAAACGGGCUCUGGAGAGGGACCAUGCAACUAUUGCUAGUCCCCUGGGGGACAUGGACAGUAAGCGGGUAAAGCUGGAGAAAGGUGAUGCUGUUGGGACUCCGCUGGCCCUAGUGGGAUCUGGAGCCGACGACAUCAAGCUGAAGAACGAGCAGGCUGCUAAGGUAGCAGCAAGCAUCCUAAAGGCCGGGGAGGUGAAGGCUACCAUAAAGGUGGAGGUCCAAGCUGGAGAUGAGCCUGUUGACAUGAGCACAUCUAAAAGUGAUAUUAAGAAAGCGCGUCAGCCUCCUUCAUCAGACGAUGUGAUUGUGCUAUCAGACAAUGAGCCAUCCAGUCCUCUCAUGAAUGGACACUGCUUAACCAAGACCGACACAGAUAAACUCAUGAAGAGUUCACCUGAGGAGAGAGAGCGCAUCAUCAAACAGCUGAAGGAGGAGCUGAGACUCCAAGAGGCCAAACUCGUCCUCCUUAAAAAACUACGCCAGAGUCAGAUCCAGAAGGAGAGCACCGUCCAGAAGCAGGCUAGCUCUGUGGUGACUCCGCCCCCUCUGGUGAGAGGUAACAUGACAACAAGUAAAGGAGCCCUUCAGGUGACGGGUCGUAGCUCAGGCACUGUGAUCCCCCCACCAUUGGUGCGAGGUGGGCAGCACAUCCCAUCUAAACACAACUCCCAGAUUGUCAUGCCGCCUCUGGUCAGAGGAGCCCAGCCUAUUGCAGUGACUCCCCAGCAGAUAGCCACUCUCCGUCAGCAUCAGCAGCAUGGCGGGUCGGGCCCUCCUCCGCUAUUACUGGCUCCCAGGGCUUCUGUGCCCAAUGUCCAGGUCCAGGGUCAGAGGAUCAUUCAGCAGGGACUCAUUCGAGUGGCUAAUGUGACAAACAGCAACGUCAUGGCAUCUUCCACAGGCCUGAAAGGCUCUUCAGUGUCACCAAACUCCAGUAUCAAUGACUCUCCAGCCAGCAGGCAGGCAGCCGCUAAGUUGGCCCUGCGCAAACAGCUGGAGAAGACGCUGCUAGAGAUCCCUCCACCCAAACCUCCUGCUCCUGAGUUCAACUUCCUGCCCUCUGCAGCUAACAAUGAGUUCAUCUACCUGCUGGGGUUGGAAGAGGUGGUGCAAAAACUUCUGGAGAUGCAUGGCAGGGGUAAUCUGGGUUCGUCUGCUGCAAUGUCCAGCUCUAAUCCCAAAGAGCCAUUUAGCUGUGCCCAGUGCAAGACGGACUUUACCUCCCGCUGGAGAAAGGAGAAAGCUGGCACCGUCCUCUGUGACCAGUGCAUGUCAUCCAAUCAGAAAAAAGCCCUGAAAGCUGAGCACACCACUCGUCUGAAGGCCGCCUUCGUUAAGGCACUCCAACAAGAGCAGGAGAUUGAGCAGCGCAUCCUCCAGCAGGCAGCCUCCUCUUCAUCCUCUGGCUCUAAAACCUCCUCGUCCUCCUCUCCCUCGCUGUCUAAGAGUGAAGUGUUGGUGUCCCAGCAGUACAAGCAGGUCAGAGCGGACAUGCAGCACAGAUCUGCACACCACUCCUCCAUGAAGCAGAGUCAGCUGUCACACAACCUCCAGUCUUCAGUAAGCUCUCGCGGGGUGGCCCAUUCCUUUACCUCCUCUCAGCUUCAGAACGCAGCAACAGCAGCUGUGCUGGGUGGCAGAGCAGGGAAGCAUGCAGCUCUGUCCCUGCAGCAGGGGGCAAAGGUCAGCUCUGGCAGCAGUAACCAGGGCACCAUGGCAGCCUGGAGGAAGCAGAGCGGUGGAAACACAGGAGUGACCAUGGCCUACAUGAACCCCAGUUUGUCUGCUCAUAAGACCUCCUCCGCUGUUGAGCGUCAGCGGGAAUAUCUGCUGGACAUGAUUCCCUCCCGUUCGAUCUCCCAAGCUGCAAACACAUGGAAAUAAUGCAAUCUUACUCCUUAAUGGCGCCUCGACUAUUAGCUUUUUUAAUAUCAAUAACAGCCAUUCUCAUUAAGGACUCUGUUUCUGUCCCAGAUGGCGUCCAAUAAGAUUUCCUCUUUUUUCCCGGGUGAAUGGGGGUGUUCUUACACCUCUGUACCAUAUUCUUGUUCUACCAACUUCAUCUGAAUCCUAUCCAAACUGGAGUUGUGUGAGAACACCUUCAGGGAUUACCAGAAAUAUGUUAAAUACAUUUUUCCCAAGAAUGGGGCUGACAGUGGUGUGUGUGUGAUUUCCACAUAUCCAGCCCCGCCCUUUCUUUUUAUUGCUUGAUAAGGAAGUUGCCACAGACCAACCCCCACCCCCACGCUCUCCUUGCUUCAGAAACGGGUCAGGAUGUUCUCCUUACGUCCAGCCCUCCCCAUUCUGAGCCGCCGGACCCUCCCCGCUGGCCCGACUCGACCUGAUCAAGGACCUCAUCAGAGGGAUUGUUGAGCUCCGAGGACCAUCCGUGAAAUAACUGCUACAGCUUUGCAAAAAUUAAUAAGAUUUCAAGAAAAGGACUGUAAAAAUAAAAUAAAAAGAUCUCUAUCUGCAGACAGACUGCCUCUUCUCAGCCACCUUCAGCGUGUGUGUUGGAGAAGUGGGUGUGUGUUGGAUUAUUUUGUAUGGCUGAAUGUUAGGAUUUUGUCUUCUCUUCCUGUAAGUCAUUUACUGUGUUUGGACUUGUGCUCCCUGACACUUUGGAAGUGGCCUCUUGUCGAGGUCCAAACUUAAGGCUAAUGUUACUGUUGAGGUGGUUUUACAUCUGCUGGGUUCCAUGUCUUGGCCUAAUUUUAAUAAAUACUUUUUCUUUUUUGCUAAGCUUAAUGGGAAAGAGUAAAGAUUAAGGUGUCACCAACUUGUGUUAUAUAUAAAAAAAACAAACAAAAAAAAACACGGAGCUUGUGUUUGGAGGACUAUUCUUACUGAAUAUUGUAAAAUAAACCUUCCAAAGAACUAGUGGAGGCCAAAUGGAAUCCCUUCUGCUAGAAGGCUUCUGGAUUAUUUGAACCCUCUCUGGAUUUAAUGCUAAACCGAGCGGGUGUAAGAAAUGUCAAGUGAUUGACGCUUUUGCUGUUAGUCAUAGGUUGUGGUGCAUUUCCCCCCCUCUUCUAUAGAAAAACUGAAUUUAUUUAUAAGGUUAGUAAGGACAUUUCCCACAUUUGAAUGGAUAUCAGUUUUAUUUUUGUUUUUCUUUCAUUUGUCAUUUAGAUCCCACAAAAGCUGCAGUUGAUCCGAGUGAAGUUGGACAGUUUUCAGAAUGUAGUUCAAACAAAAACAAAAGAAGCCUGCACGUUUUAGGGUGUGCGUGGUUUCUGUCGGGUCAUUCAGUUGAGCUGCGUCUGCCUUUCACAUGAGCUAUAGUGCAUUUUCAAUCAGGUUGCAGCAGCACAGGAUAAGCUACAGCAUUUCCUAGUCCUGGAUUUUAGGCAUGAAUAAUUAUUUAUCAUCCAUGUGCCGUUUUCUUUGAUUUCUGAUAUCAUGGUCGGUCCAGUUUAACUGAAAAGGAUUUCCAUCGCCGCGUCCUUUUGGGGAAAAGUCAAAGAUACAGACAUAAUCGGUUAAAUGAUGCUAUUAUACUAUACCGAUUUUCACAGAUCAUGAUGUCAUCACUAAUUUUAAACAACCCUAUUCUGCUGGGUCUUCUCAUUCUAGAUUUCAGAACUGAGAUCUUAAAAUUCGCUGAAUUUUGUCACAGAUGUCAUGUCCAUCAUCGCGGCUUCAUUUCCCCGGGGUCACAGCACACCCAGGUUUCACGUGUGCAUCAGUGUGUCUGCUGCUGUUAUACAAGCAUACAUCGAGAUCACCUGUUGGGAGAUGUUUCAGGUUGUCUGUACAUUCCUGAGUAACAAAAAGCAGCAGCCCACUUUUGUCUUGGAAUGAGCCAGUCUUUUUGUGCCCUGCUAAGUGUAACCCUGUGCUGUCCUGACUACUCGCUGCUGCUGCUGCUGUUUGGCAACAACAUCACCAUUCCGUUUGUCGGGGGUUUGAUGCGCUGCAGAAAGCAGCGCUGUGCAAAUAGACAACAUUGUAGGAGAAGUAAUUUGUUUUUUUGGGAAUUUUUUUUCUGCUCUAUCAAAUAAUAAAACUAAUUUUAACCCCUCUUA